GGAGGAUCCUGAAGAAUGGCCAGCUCUAGUUCUCAAGACAUGGUCUGUGGGUCAGUGACAUUCAGGGAUGUGGCUGUUGACUUCUCUCAAGAGGAGUGGGCCUGCCUGGAUGCUACUCAGAGGGUCUUAUACAGGGACUUGAUGUUGGAGACCUACAGCAACCUCGUCACAGUGGUGGGAAGUUCCGUUUCCAAACCCGAUCUGAUCGCCUUAUUAGAGCAGGAGAGAGAGCCCUGGAUGGUUGUGAAGGAAGAAACAGACAGGCCCAGCCCAGAUUUGGAGUCAUGUUAUAACGCUGAAAAUAUAUCUCCAGAAAAUCAUACUUAUGAUAUAAAUUUACCCACACAGAGCAUAAAGCAAUUAAGUAAAAAUUUUGACCUCCAGGGCUCCAGUUUUAGUAAUGGCCCCAAGUACAGUACAUUCAAGAGAUUACAGGGAUAUCAAGAUGGAGAUGCUGAUCAAAAGAUUAAUAACAAGGAAAAACUGCCUACUUACACCUGCCAGACUCUUACUCACAAUAUAGAAAAAGCAUAUGAAUGUAAUGAGUGUGGGAAAUACUUUGGUUGUCGUUCAAAUCUUAUUCAGCAUCUAAGUAUUCAUACUGGAGAGAAACCCUAUCAAUGUAAGGAUUGUGGGAAGGCCUUCAGACUCCACCAACAACUUACAAGACAUCAGAAAUCUCACAGUGAUGAGAGACCUUUUGAAUGUGAUGAAUGUGGAAAGGCCUUUCAUCUUCCCACCCUGCUUAAGUACCAUAAAACCAUUCAUACAGGUACAAAACCAUUUGAAUGUGAGGAAUGUGGAAAGUCCUUCAAUCGUGUCUCGACUCUUUUUCAGCAUAGGAUUAUUCAUGCUGGUGUGAAACCAUAUGAAUGUAACGUGUGUGGGAAAGCCUUUAAUCGUCGCUCAAACCUCAUGCAACAUCAGAAAAUUCAUUCUGGUGAGAGACCCUUUCAAUGCACGGAAUGUGGAAAGGCCUUCACUGUUCUGGCACAGCUCACUCGGCACCAGAACAUUCAUACUGGAGAGAAAUCAUUUGAAUGUCAGCAGUGUGGCAAGAUAUUCAGUAGUGGCUCAUACCUUGCAAGACACCAGAGUAUUCAUACUAGUGAGAAGCCCUUUGAAUGUAAUGUAUGUGGGAAGGCUUUUAGGCUUCACCUAUAUCUUUCUGAGCAUAAGAAAACUCACACUGAUGAGAAACCUUUCAAGUGCAAGCUGUGUGGGUCAGCCUUCAGACGAAAGUACCAACUUAGUGAACAUCAGAGAAUCCAUACUGAUGUAAAACCCUAUCAGUGCAAGGAAUGUGGGAAAUUCUUUCGUCGGCGUUCGAAUUUUACUGAGCAUCAGAGUAUUCACACUGGAAAGAAACCAUUUGAAUGUAAGGAAUGUGGGAAAGUCUUUAGACUUAAUAUACAUCUCAUUCGACAUCAGAGAUUUCAUAGUGGUGAGAGACCUUUUGAAUGUAAAGAGUGUGGAAAGGCUUUUCAUUUUUCCAGCCAACUUAAUUACCAUAAAACCAUUCAUACAGGUCAAACACCUUUUGAAUGUGAGGAAUGUGGGAAGUCCUUCAAGCGUGUCUCUAGCCUUGUUGAACAUAGGAUUAUUCAUGCUGGUGUGAAACCAUAUGAAUGUAAUGAGUGUGGGAAAGCCUUUAAUCGUCGCUCAAACCUCAUGCAACAUCAGAAAAUUCAUUCUGGUGAGAGACCCUUUCAAUGCACGGAAUGUGGAAAGGCCUUCACUGUUCUGGCACAGCUCACUCGGCACCAGAGCAUUCAUACUGGAGAGAAAUCAUUUGAAUGUGAGCAGUGUGGAUCAGCUUUCAGACUUCAGUACCAACUUACUCAACAUCAGAGAAUUCAUACUGAUGUGAAACCUUUUCAGUGCAAGGAAUGUGGAAAGGGCUUUAUUCGUGGUACAGGCCUUAGAAUUCAUGAGAGAAUCCACACUGGUGAAAAGCCCUUUCAAUGUAAGGAAUGUGGUGAAGCCUUUCAAUAUCAUUACCAAUUUCUUGGACAUUUUAGAAUUCAUACUGGCAAGAAUCCUUAUGAAUGUAAAGAAUGUGGGAAGUACUUUGCUCGUGGUGGAGAUCUUAAAGUACAUCAAAGAAUUCACACUGGUGAGAAACCUUACCAGUGUUAAGAAUGUGUGAAGUCCAUUAGUUGAAAAUCAGACUUGGUUUCACAAGCUAAUAUUCAUAUUAAUAAGCCUUCUGAUGUAAGGAAUAUGAAAAAGCCUUCAGUAAUUCUAAGCUAGUUAUGUAUUAGAGAAUUCAUAAUGGUAAGCAACUCUAUGAAUAUAAGAAAUGUGGGAAAAUGUUUAGAUUUAGUUCAGCCUUUACUGCACAGUGAUGAAUUUAUACUGGUAUGAAACUCUUAUCAGUGUAAAGAAUGUGAAAAGACAUUCAGUUUGAGCUCAGGCCUUCUUCAACUUAAAGGAAUCCAUGCUGGUGUGAAAUGCUAUAAAUGCAAGGAAUGUGGGAACAUUUAUAGAAUUAGCUCAGCUCUUAAAGCUCAUCAGAGAGUUCUUGUAGGUCUGAAACCCUGUGAAUAUGAGGAAUGUGGGAAAACCUUUAUUGUAAAUGGUGAGCCUACACAUCAGAAAAUCCAUCAUCAGGAGUCCUAUGCAUGUAAAGAAGGUGAACAAGCCUUUGUAUGGAAAUUUUACUAACAUUGGAGGACUCAUUGGCAAGACUGUGACUAAAAAGAAUAUGGGAAGAACUUUAGUCUGCCCUCAGAUUUGGUCAACAUCAGAGUAUUCAUACUCUUUUUUGUUGUUGUUGUUUUUUUUUUUCAUUUUUCUUUAUUAAGAAAUUUUCACUGGGCGGUGGUGGCGCAUGUCUUUAAUCC